AUGGAGUCGACUAAGAGAAUUUUACAACAGUUAGACUGUACCCAUCGGGAGUGUUUAAUCUGUGCUGUAUCGUUGCUACAAGGGGAAGCUUAUUUAUGGUGGGAAUCGGUGGUUCGACAUUUACCAGAGAAUCAGAUAACGUGGGAUCUAUUUCAAAAGGAAUUUCAAAAGAAAUAUAUCAGAGAGAUAUAUAUUGAAGACAAGAAACAAGAGUUUUUAAUGUUACAACAGGGUGAUAUGCCAGUAAUAGAUUAUGAAAGGGAAUUUUUGAGACUCAGCAGAUAUGCCUCCGAGUUUAUUCCGACAGAAGCUGAUAGUUGCAAAAGAUUUUUACGGGGUCUGCGAGACGAGAUCAAGGUACAGUUAGUAUCUCAUCGGAUUACUGAGUUAGUAGAUUUGAUUGAACGAGCCAAAAUGGUGGAACAAGUUCUGGGCCUCGAUAAAAAGAUUGAAGUUGUUAGACCAAUCGGAAAGCGUACAGGAACUACUAUUUCAAAUCCUUUACCUAAAAGAUCUCGAGAAUCUAGAGGUGGUUGGAGGUCAAGUUUCAGAUCUGAUCGAAGGGAAAAAAGCCAAGGGAAACAGACGAUGGUAUCCACUGGUAGUGUACGAGCUCCACUCCGGGACGAGAAAAUUUUAGAAUGUGGAUAUUGCGGGAAGAAACAUUUAGGUGGAGGUGUUCGGAGAAGUAGUGACAUAGUUACACAGCAGUCAGAGGCAAGAGCACCGGCCAGAGCCUAUGUAGUUCGGACAAGAGAAGAAGGUGAUGCCCAUGAUGUUGUGACAGGGUCAUCGCAUUCAUAUAUUAAUUCAAAACUGGUUGAGUUGGGAAGGUUAAAAUCUGAAAUGUCUAGAGUUUUAAUAGAAGUGUCUAGCCCUUUGGGACAAACUGUGUCUGUAGAUAGAGUAUGCCGGAGAUGCCCGUUGAUGAUACAUGAUAAAAUAUUUCUCGUUGACUUGUUGAUUAUGCCUUACGGUGAUUUUGAUAUAAUAUUGGGUAUGGAUUGGUUAUCCGAAUACGGGAUAAUUUUGGAUUGCUACAAAAAGAGGUUCAGUAUUCAGACAGAGGAUGGAGACAGAAUUGAAGUAGAUGGUAUUCGUACUACUGGACCGGCACGUAUUGUUUCGGUGAUAAAAGCUAAUAAAUUACUUCAGCAAGAACUACCAGGCGUACCACCUGACAGAGAGGUUGAAUUUGCUAUAGAAGAGUACCCGAGUAUAGCACCAAUCUCUAUACCUCCGUACCGAAUGUCACCCACUGAAUUAAAAGAGUUAAAGUUGAACAAAGUGACGAUCAAGAACCGAUAUCCGUUGCCUCGUAUAGAUGAUUUUUUUAAUCAGUUGAGGGGAGCAUCAGUACUUUCAAAGAUUGAUUUGAGGUCCGGGUAUUAUCAACUAAAGGUAAAGGAAAGUGAUGUGCCAAAGACUGCUUUCCGUACUCGAUAUGGUCAUUAUGUGUUUUUGGUGAUGCAGUUUGGGUUGACUAAUGCUCCAGCUGCUUUCAUGGAUUUGAUGAACUGUAUUUUCCAGUCGUAUUUAGAUCAGUUCGUGGUCGUUUUCAUUGAUGAUAUAUUGGUUUAUUCGAAGACUGAGGGAGAACAUGAUCAACAUCUCAGAAUUGUGUUACAAAUUUUGCGAGAAAAUAGUUGUAUGGAAAGUUCAGCAAAUGUGAAUUCUGGUUACCAGAAGUGGUAUUUUUGUGACAUAAGAUUUGUAAAUGGAUUUUCGAAGAUAGCUUUACCGAUGACCAAGUUACUACAGAAGAUUGUUCCUUUUAUCUGGGAUGAUCUGUGUCAGAGAAGUUUUGAGACAUUGAAACAAAUGUUGACAGAGGCACCAGUUUUAACAUUACCAGAGUCGGGGAAAUAUUUCAUAGUGUACAGUGAUGCUUCAUUGAAUGGUCUGGGUUGUGUACUAAUGCAGGAUGGAAAGGAGUUGAAUCUGAGACAAAGACGAUGGAUAGAACUUCUGAAAGAUUAUGAUUGUGUUAUAGAUUAUCAUCCAGGAAAGGCAAAUGUGGUAGCAGAUACAUUGAGCAGAAAAACAGCAGUUGAAUUACGGGAAAUGUUUGCUCGACUUAGUAUUAAUGAUGAUGGAAGUUUGUUAGCUGAGUUAAGAGUCAAGCCGAUAAUGUUUGAUCAAAUCAGAGCAGCACAACUAGAAGAUGAAAAGUUGAUGAAGAAAAGAGAAAUGGUACAGCAUGGUACGGUGGAAAAUUUUAGUAUUGUUGAGUAUGAUUGUUUGAGAUUUCAGAACCGUAUUUGUAUCCCAGCUACUUCUGAGAUUAAAAAAGCUGAUUCUCCGAGAAGCACAUGA